CUCGCUGUCUGCCAACUUCUUCAUGGACUAUCUCGAUCUAUUAGAGUGAUCCAUACUCUCUUCAGUGACGUCUCAAUCAUCAACUACCUGACCGAGCUCACCAAUCGCCUCAUCCCGACGGUCAAUUCAAAUCCAUGCCACGCGGAAAUUGCACUAGCGACGUCCUCCACAUUGGUCAAUUUGCAACUCUGUCAACUUCAUGACCUUGAUAAAUUUCGAGUGAAGAGCAUCGACGUUUUCCACUCUCUUCUAAAGGUGGAGGAUGGCGAAAAUGCACUUUCCCUACGUUUGAACGGUGUCUGGGGCCUCUCUAGUGCAGCUGCAGUAUCGGGCACCACUCGAAUCCUUAAUCGCGCGGAGACUAUCGAACGUCUGGACGCGUCCUAUACAAUCCCCAAAGCUGUGGCUCUGUGUGAUGAAGUCCUCUCUCGAACCCCCUCUGACUGCGAAAUGCGUUCAGCAACAAGGCAGGAUGAAAUUAAUGUUAUUUUCGAAACCAGUGGAUGUGUGCUCAACUCAAAACCUGAUCAGGCUCAUGUGGAAGAGUACUUUGUUCAAAAAUGUCUACUGCUACUGCGCAAUAUGCUCGCCCUAAAAGAGGUUAAGGUUCCGGAAUACAGCGAAAGUGUCUAUGCUCUUUUAGGCAAAGUUUUCGCAUCUAAUCAAUCGGUGAAUGCGAAAUAUGAGCCGAUGUGCCUUUUCCUUCCUUUUUGA